ACGAGACGCGGUUGACGGUCGUUCUACGCAGAUUUAUUUUUUCCUGUUCACGUUUAUAACGCUGGUUAAAAACAUCCUGUGGACGCCUGAGAGUUGUACAGAUACAGAGACAUGUCCUCCAGGAAGUCAAGUUCCACUGGGGAAGGCUUGCCCUCCAGUAAAAAUGGAGAGCGUACCCCUUUGCGAAGUUUGGAGAACGGGAUGCUGCACCUGUCAACUCCAUCAUCGAGACGGAAAUCAAGUGCUGACGCAGUGAAAACGAUAAAAGAUGAUGUCCCCCUCUAUGCUUGUUCUCCUGAAGCCGCUUGGGGACUCGGAGAUGUCACGUUUAAAUCCUUCAUCUGUCCUGGGGGUGAGGUUGAGAUUUCGGGCUCCUCAGUGUGUGCAGAACAGAGCAUUAUUUUGCCUUAUGACCAGGAUACAUCCAUCACUACAACAGAAGAUACAGUCAUAUCUGACAGUAUGAUUGUGGAGUCAUGCAGUGACCACACAGAGCACCCCUACUACAAUCUGGAGAUGAUAGAUGCUUCUUCAGUUGACGCUGAAGCAGCUGCAGCAUCCUUUUAUGAAAUUGACAACACUGCCCUGGCCUCUGGGAGCCUAGAGGAUGAACAUGCCACACACGAUUCAGUAGUUUCACCCAAUGACUGCAGUGGAGAGAGAGAUGCCUGUGAUAGAGGUGAGGUGGAAGUUGCAGAUGUCACCAGACAACAUGAUGAGACUAUUCCUCUGCCCCAGGCACAGCUUAAUGAAUCUUCACAAGACAACAGUUUAAAUUCAUCUAACGUCUCUGACUGUGGACAACUGUGUCAAGCUGAUCAUCCCAACUCUACCAGUGUACAUGGUGUUCCUGUCCCCACCGCUGUCUUUGAGACUAAGGGAACUAAACUAAGUGAUGUAACCUUCAAAUCUUUUAACUGCAGUGGAGGUGAGAUGGAACUUUCAGAUGCCACCAACCUUAUAAAUGAGACUAUUCCUCUUCCAACGGUGACCAGCACUUUGUCAUACAGUGAUGGCAUGAAUCAAAGCAUUUUAGCUGGUGAUCAUGAUGUGCAAAACGACAACGAUCAUUUAGAUCACCCAUACUGUUGUGAUGAAAGUUCUUCAUCAACUUCAAGAGGAAACCUUUCCACUGCCCAGGAACCAUUGUCAUGCAGCACUAAUGGAAUUGAUGAAGUUAAACAGAUAAGCUUGGUGGCACCGGAUAGCGAGACUGACGGAGAAGAGGAUGCUGCCUUUGGCUCUGUCUUCAAAGUUGGAGACGGGGUGGAACAUUCAAAUGGCACCUCAUUGUCUGAGAAGACGAUCUCUCUGUCUGAUCACCAUGCUGUGAUCUGCCAGCCCCUGGAUGACAACACUGCCCCUGCUUCUGUUACACAGGAUCAAAUCCAAGCUGACUAUGAGCUACUAAACUGUCAUGAGGGAAAUGAUGAAGUUGUUUUAGAUCACCCACCAGUUUUCUACACAUCUUCGCUGAUCAACACGUCGUUAAAUCAGUUGGAUAAUGAAUCCAACUGUCAAUUCCAAGAAACAUCGAAGCACUCAAUACAUCCUGAAGAUAGUGCGUUGCCUUCAAUGCUCCACAAAACAGAGUCUUCUGACUGCAACAAAUCUGUGGCUCCAGCAGAGGGUCCUACUCCAGUGGAAGUGCAGCAGCAUCUGGAGAUCGUCUCUCAAGUGCAUUCAACGAGUGGAGCGCCUGAACCCAGUGAGGCAAAAGACAGUGCCCUUGGCUCAUCCGAAAAUGGACAUGCGCUUUCUAAUUCUGCUGAACACCUUCACGCAGACAAUAUCCCAGGCAUUUUGAAAGCUCUGUCACAGUGUCCCUCAUUAGCAUCAGCUCUGAAGUUUGGAAUCCUCAGUCCUGUUGUUAGGAGAAUUUCUACAUUUAAGACUCGUACUGAUCGUGCUUUAGAUAAUUUUUUAGCAGACGACUCAGUUGUCGAUGGUGAAAAGAGCCUGAUGCCUCCUGUUAUUGGUGACCCCUCAGGGUUAUGGGCAGAGCAUUUGGAGAGCCCCAUGUCACGUCCGCUGUUCAACUCUACAGUACUGGGUUACAAUACCCAGUCAGGCCCUGUCCCUGAGCCUGAAAAGGGUGUGAGUGUGAAGCCUUGUGCCAUAACUCAGUCUGAAGCAGAAAAGCCAGUGCUGGACUACCCGUUGAUUGCUGAUGGUCCCCUUCAGCAGCAGCUCCGGCAGAUGGCAGAGUUCCUCAUGUUCGCAUCUGGAAAGAUGGGCCCAGCUGGUGUUUCUGCAUAUGCUCUACCUCCUGCUGCCGCCACAGUCCCAUCAGCAAUAACUACUCCUGCAGAAUCCCAUAGUGUUUGUGUGGGCACCAGUGCUGUGGAACUAGUGGACCACAGCAUCAACACAUCUGGCCAGUUUGAGAGAAAGAGAGAAUUCACUGUGGUUGAUUCCUGCACUCUUACUGACCCUCUCCUGUGGAAUUUACCUCCAGGGAGCCUUGAGUGCUUCCCUAGAGAGGAGCUAGAGCAGAGGUUACGGUCUAGCAUGAUCAUGGUGGAGGCCCUGGUGCAGCAGUUGACUGCAGCCCGAGAACAGGGAUGUCACUCUGCAGGUCCUGCACCUUCCGAGCUCAGAGAGAAACUGGUGCAGACAGACCACACUGAACUCAGUCAGACCUCAAUGUACCGAGAUCUUUAUAUGGAGGCUCUGAGCAGGAUUAGUGAUUUGGAACUGGACGGAAGUUCUCUACAGAGCCUUAUUCAGUGGAUGCAGGACACGAGGGUCACCAUGACUUCUCUCACUAGUGACACGGAUGCUGCUCUCUCUAACAUGAAGGAAAUUGAAGAUGUAGUUAGAGAGGACCAACAAAGCCUCACUGUACAUUAUGGUAAGAUGAAGGCUCUAUUGGAGAAUACAAAGGUGACACAAAUGCGAAUGAUGCAGAAGGUCAAAGAUGCUCUUCACCAAAGAAAUGACAUGAGGACACAGAUGGAAGACGCCUUCACAGCUAAAGAGGCGGCCUUCAGUGCGAUGGAACAGCUCAGGACACACUGUGGCACAGAAAUGUCAGAGCUUCAGAAGAGUUUGGGGUCACAGCAACAACUCCUGGCCGCCCUCAACCAGGCCUACCCAGAACAGGUUGCAUUAAACCAGGCCUACAGUGAAACGCUGAACUCAGCUUCUAAUCUUUUGUCUGAAACCAUGGAGGAGCAGUCCAGUUUGAUGAAAGAACUCUGCACAGUCAGAGGGUUUCUGCAGAAAACUGCUCCCAUGCUUCUGAAGCUGAACGAUAAGGCAGCAGCUGCUUUGAGAGAGAGAGACGAGCACUUCUCUGCAAGAGACCAAGCUGUUGAAGAGAAAGAGCAGAUCGAAGAAGAAUUGAACCAAACAAAGUGGAAUCUCCAAACUGCCAGAGAACAGACUGGUGAUUUAAAUCUGCAGUUGACCAUUUUGUCCUCAGAGAUGGGUGUGCUGCGCCAGAAGCUCACAGAAAGAGACGAGGAGAGGGGUCAGCUGGAGAGGAAGGUGACCGAACUGUCUGCCACAGUUUCCUCAACAUUGGCCUCCUACACCUUCUUGGAGCAGGCGCUUACUUCUGAGACAACAAAAUUGCAGAAGUCAUGGAAGGACAUCCAGCAAGCCAAGGACAAAGCAAAUGAGCUAGAGACGUCACUGGACCAGUCGGAGGAGCGCGUGUCUGAGUUGAGUCAGGCUCUGGCUCAAAGUGAGGAGCAGCUCGAUCAGCUGCAGACUCUCUCACAGUCUCAGAAACUGCAGAUCCAGAAGCUCCAGAACGUUUGCACACAACUCAGUGGCGUGCAGGAGAUGAACGAGUUCUUACAGAUGGAAAAUGAGCUGGCAAGGGAGCAGGUGGUUGAAAGUGAGCGUCUGCUCAGGGCCAACCUGCAGGCGCUCAGGGAGAGGAACAUCCACUGUGAGGACCUAAAGACAGAACAUAGUCAGCUUCAGCUUGAGAACAGAAAUUUGCAGGAGCAGCUGGAAACCACAGCAUCCAGAGCCAGUGCAACCCAGCUGGAGCUCGGAGAGAAGCUGGCUCAGGCCGUCACUGAAAUCACUUUGCUGCAUCACACACUGCGAGGACUGACCAAUGAGCUUCAUGCAGCUCUCAAUGACAAGAAAUCUGAAGAACAGGGGGACAAAGAGUUUCCAACACUCCAGCACUCGGAGCGGCGUCACCCCUCCAGCUCGUUUGUCGACCGCAUCAUGGUCGCAUUAACCACUGAGAAGGAGGAAGACGGUAAAUUGGAGACGCUUCCUGAACCAGAUGUGCCUGAGCCACAGUGUGAAGCUUUGUUCAGUGAGAAGAGCGCCUUCACCCGCAUUGCAGCCUUCACCCCUAAAAAGAGUUUGAGGGCAGUAGUAGAGUUUGAACCAGAAGAGGACGAUCAGAGCAACGUGGCGGAGCUGCUGGCCGACCUGGGCAGCACCGUCACUGAGCUCAUCAGCGCCUUGAAACUGGUGCAAGAGCGAAAAGAUGCUGAGCUGGAGGAGCUGCACAACACCAUCUAUGGCCUGCAGGAGGAGCAGCAGGCUUCAAACAGCAAAAACAUUGCUGAAGUGUUUCAGCUCCAACAUCAACUCAAUCGACUGAACAUCCUGGUUGAGAGAGGAAAUCAGGCGUUACAGCAGAAAGCUCAGGAUGACAAAACUUUGACAACGUUAUCGGUAGAAAUACAAGACGUCCAGGAAAUUCUAAACAAACACAAGACUGAUAAUAAUGAAUUGCGGAAGGAGGUGGUUGAGCUCCGUCGCUCACUCCAGCAGUCGAAGGUGGAAUCUCAGUUCCUGCGUGAGGAGUUGAGAAAAGCUGGUGGGGCCUCAGCGAACCCAGCGCACUUCAUGGAAGAGAAGAUCCAGUUAUUGAAAGAGGUGGAGAGACUGAAGCUGAGUCUUCAGGAGGUGGAGCAGGCAAAAGUGAAACUACUGGAAAGAGCAAAGAGACAUCAAAUGAUCCAUCAGAACAACCAGCAGAAGAGUGAGAAUGAACUUCAGAUGCUCAGCAAAUUGAUCAAUAAAGUCAGAGAGACGCUGCUGUCUUUACCAGAGGUUGUGAAGAAUUGUGAACAACUCCAGCAGCUUGUCGAAUACAUCGGCUGAUGUGUUAUUUUUUAUUUAUGUCUAUGUUCAAGCCUAUUCUGUAAGUGUUCAUAUUUGUAGUGAUUAAAUGUUUAUAUAAUCUUA